AGGGUCUGGGGUCCAGGACAAACUCUUACAAGUCUGUUCAUGAUGGUUCAUUCUUCUCAAAGGCACUUCACAGAUUAGAAGAUUUCAAGUUGUAGAUUUUUCAGGACAUAAUAUGAAAAUGUGGCUGAUUUCGUUCCUUAUAAUAACUUGUUUCCAUGUUUCCGUGAACCAAGAUUCUGGUCCUGAGUAUGCAGAUGUCGUGUUCCUGGUGGACAGCUCUGAUCACCUGGGAGUUAAGUCCUUCCCAUUUGUGAAAUAUUUUAUCAAUAAAAUGAUCAACAGUCUCCCCAUAGAGGCCAACAAGUACCGUGUGGCCCUGGCCCAGUACAGCGACACGCUCCACAAUGAAUUCAACCUGAGUGCCUUCAGGAGCAGGAACCCCAUGCUGAACCACCUCAAGAAGAACUUCGGGUUCAUUGGCGGGUCCCUGAGGAUAGGAAAUGCUCUUCGGGAGGCUCACAAGACCUACUUCUCUGCACCUACAAAUGGAAGAGACAGGAAACUGUUUCCUCCUAUUUUGGUGGUACUGGCUUCAGCUGAAUCAGAGGAUGAUGUGGAAGAGGCUUCGAAGGCCCUGCGGAAAGAUGGGGUGAGGAUCAUCUCUGUGGGGAUGCAAAAGGCUUCCGAGGAAAACCUGAGGGCCAUGGCCACGUCUCAGUUUCAUUUCAACCUACGGAUGGUCAGAGACCUCAGCAUGUUCUCCUCAAACAUGACGCAGAUCAUCAAGGAUGCAACCAAGUACAGAGAAGGAGCAGUGAAUGAUAUCCUCGUAGAAGUCUGCCAAGGCCCUUCUGUGUCUGACGUUGUGUUCCUGUUGGAUGUGUCCAUCAAUGGCAGCCAGGAGAACUUUGACUAUCUUAAAGCAUUCCUGGAAGAAAGUGUAUCUGCCCUUGACAUCAAGGAGAACUGCAUGAGGGUUGGCCUUGUGGCCUACAGCAAUGAGACCAAAGUGAUCAGUUCUCUGAGCAAGGGCAUCAAUAAGUCAGAGGUUCUCCAGCGUAUACAGAGCCUCUCCCCCCAGGCUGGGCAGGCCCACACGGGGGCCGCCAUCAGGAAGAUCAGGAAGGACGUCUUCAGUGCACAGAAAGGCAGUCGGAAGAAUCAGGGUGUGCCCCAGAUUGCAGUGCUGGUGACCCACAGAGCUUCUGAAGAUAAUGUGACCAAGGCAGCAGUUAACCUCCGGCGUGAGGGUGUGACUGUCUUCACCAUAGGCAUCGAAGGUGCCAGCAAAACCCAGCUGGAAAAGAUAGCUUCUCACCCUGCCGAGCAGUAUGUCUCCAUGCUGAGCAACUUUUCUGAACUGGCUGCCCACAACCAGACGUUCCUGAAGAAGCUGAGGAACCAGAUAACACACACCGUCUCUGUCUUUUCAGAACGCACGGAAACCCUCAAGUCGGCUUGUGUGGACACGGAGGAAGCAGACAUCUAUCUGCUCAUCGAUGGCUCUGGAAGCACUCAGGCCACAGACUUUCAAGAGAUGAAGACCUUCCUAUCAGAGGUGGUAGGGAUGUUCAACAUUGCUCCCCAUAAGGUGCGUGUGGGGGCCGUCCAGUAUGCUGACAGCUGGGACUUGGAAUUUGAGAUCAAUAAGUACUCCAACAAGCACGAUUUGGGAAAGGCCAUCGAGAACAUCAGGCAGAUGGGUGGGAAUACAAACACGGGCGCGGCCCUGAAUUUCACACUGAGGCUAUUGCAAAAAGCAAAGAAGCAGCGAGGAAACAAGGUGCCAUGCCACCUUGUCGUUUUGACCAAUGGCAUGUCCAAGGACAGCAUCGUGGAGCCAGCAAACAGACUAAGAGAGGAGAACAUCCGUGUUUAUGCUAUUGGGGUCAAGGAGGCCAACCAAACACAGCUGCGAGAAAUCGCGGGAGAGGACAAGAGGGUGUACUAUGUGCAUGACUUUGACGCCUUGAAAGACAUAAGGAACCAAGUUGUCCAAGAAAUCUGUGCUGAAGAAGCCUGCAAAGACAUGAAAGCUGACAUUAUGUUUUUGGUGGACAGCUCUGGCAGCAUAGGACCUGAAAACUUCCAGAAAAUGAAAAUAUUUAUGAAAAACCUGGUGAGCAAAUCUCAGAUUGGGGCAGAUCGAGUGCAAAUCGGUGUAGUCCAGUUCAGUGACAUCAAUAAGGAGGAGUUUCAGCUUAACAGAUUCACUACCCAAAGUGACAUUUCAAAUGCAAUAGACCAAAUGGCUCACAUUGGAGAAACUACCUUGACCGGUGGUGCCCUGACCUUUGUGUCUCAGUACUUCAGCCCCGCCAAGGGGGCCCGGCCCAAUGUCAGGAAGUUUCUCAUCCUCAUCACAGAUGGCGAAGCUCAGGACAUAGUAAAGGACCCAGCAGUUGCACUGCGGCAAGAAGGCAUCAUUAUUUACUCUGUGGGAGUAUUUGGCUCCAAUGUCACCCAGCUCGAGGAGAUCAGUGGGAGGCCAGAGAUGGUUUUUUAUGUUGAGAAUUUUGACAUUCUGCAGCACAUUGAAGAUGAUCUUGUUUUCGGAAUAUGCAGUCCCCGUGAAGAAUGCAAGCGGAUUGAAAUUUUGGAUGUUGUGUUUGUGAUCGAUAGCUCUGGCAGCAUUGAUCAGGAUGAAUAUAACAUCAUGAAGGACUUCAUGAUUGGCUUAGUGAAAAAAGCUGAUGUUGGAAAGAAUCAGGUCCGGUUUGGAGCUCUGAAGUACGCUGAUGACCCAGAGGUGCUGUUUUAUCUGGGUGAUCUUAGCACAAAAUUGGAGGUGAUUUCAGUGCUCCAGAAUGACCAGCCCCUGGGGGGCAACACUUACACAGCUGAGGCACUAGCUUUCUCAGACCACAUGUUCAUGGAAGCUAGGGGCAGCCGCCUGCACAAGGGGGUCCCCCAAGUCCUCAUCGUGAUCACCGAUGGGGAAUCUCACGACGCUGAAAAGCUCAAUGCUACCGCGAAGUCUCUGAGGGACAAAGGCAUUCUCGUCCUGGCUGUGGGGAUUGCUGGCGCCAAUCCUGUGGAGCUGUUAGCCAUGGCAGGAUCCAGAGAUAAGUACUACUUUGUGGAGACUUUUGGAGGCCUGAAGGGGAUCUUUUCAGAUGUGUCAGCCAGUGUCUGUAACUCUUCAAAAGUAGAUUGCGAAAUUGAAAAAGUAGAUCUUGUUUUUCUCAUGGAUGGUUCAAACAGCAUUCACCCAAGUGACUUCAAGAAGAUGAAGGAAUUUUUAGCAUCUGUUGUUCAAGACUUUGAUGUUAGCCUCAACAGAGUGCGCAUAGGAGCAGCCCAGUUUAGCCAUACCUACCAGCCAGAGUUUCCACUGGGAACAUUCACGGGUGAAAAGGAGAUAUCCUUUCAGAUUGAAAACAUUCAGCAGAUCUUUGGAUACACGCACAUUGGUGCUGCACUCAGGGAGGUAGGGCAUUACUUCCGGCCAGACAUGGGUAGCAGGAUAAAUGCAGGGACCCCGCAGGUGUUGCUGGUCCUCACAGAUGGCCAGUCCCAAGAUGAAGUGGCUCAGGCUGCUGAAGAGCUGAGACGCAAGGGUGUUGACAUCUACUCGGUGGGCAUUGGAGAUGUGGAUGAUCAGCAGCUCGUUCAGAUCACAGGGACUGCAAAAAAAAAGUUGACGGUUCAUAACUUUGACGAACUCAGAAAAGUCAAAAAAAGGAUUGUUCGAAACAUCUGCACCUCGGGGGGUGAGAGCAAUUGUUUUGUGGAUAUUGUGGUUGGAUUUGAUAUCUCAACUCAGCAGAAAGGGCAGACUUUGCUGGAAGGUCAGCCUUGGAUGGAAACCUAUCUUCAAGACCUCUUACGUGCCAUCAGCUCGCUCAACGGGGUAAGCUGUGAAGUGGGCACAGAGACUCAGGUCAGUGUGGCUUUCCAAGUGACCAAUGCCAUGGAAAAAUAUUCUCCCAAGUUUGAGAUCUACAGUGAAAACAUCCUGAACAGCUUGAAGGGUGUGACAGUUAAAGGCCCUUCUCUUCUCAAUGCAAACCUCUUGAGUUCCCUGUGGGACGCAUUCCAGAAUAAGUCAGCGACUCGAGGAAAGGUGGCCCUUUUAUUUUCAGAUGGAUUGGAUGACGAUAUUGAAAAACUUGAACAAAAAUCAGAUGAACUUAGAAAAGAAGGCCUGAAUGCACUCGUAACUGUGGCUCUGGAUGGAGCUGCCUAUUCCAGUGACCUGACUGAUCUCCUCUACAUUGAAUUUGGGAAAGGAUUUGAGUACAGGACACAGUUCACUAUUGGCAUGAGGGAUCUUGGGAGUCAACUGUCAAAGCAGCUGGUCAAUGUUGCUGAAAGGACCUGCUGCUGUUUGUUCUGCAAGUGCAUCGGAGGGGAUGGCACAAUGGGAGAUCCUGGUCCACCAGGGAAGAAGGGACCCUCGGGUAUUAAAGGCAGUGAAGGCUACCUGGGGGAGGAGGGCAUUGCUGGAGAGAGAGGAGUCCCCGGAGCCGUGGGGGAGCAAGGUACUAAGGGAUGCUAUGGCGCCAAAGGUCCGAAGGGAAGCAGAGGACUAAAUGGACAGGAGGGAGAAGACGGGGAAAACGGAAUUGAUGGGUUAAAUGGAGAACAGGGUGACAGUGGUCUUCCUGGAAGAAAAGGAGAAAAGGGUGAUGAGGGAUCCCAGGGAAACCCCGGAAAGAGAGGCACUUCUGGUGACCGUGGAUCAAAGGGCCUGCGAGGAGAUCCGGGAAUUCCUGGAUUUGACAAUUACAUAGAAGGACCCAAGGGCUUGAAAGGAGAACGUGGAAGACAAGGCAGAAGAGGCUGGCCAGGACCUCCUGGAACACCAGGCUCCAGAAGAAAGACAGCAGCUCAUGGCCGAAGAGGACAUACAGGCCCACAGGGAAAAACAGGCAUUCCGGGCCCAGAUGGACUUGAAGGCUCAUGGGGACUUAAAGGCCCUCAGGGCCCAAGAGGAGAGGCUGGUGCAAAAGGAGAAAAAGGAGGCCUGGGAAUGAAAGGCCCUCAGGGGCCUGCAGGACCCGAAGGAGAGGCAGGGAACCAAGGUCGUUUGGGAAGCCAAGGAAAUAAAGGAGAGCCUGGAGAUCCAGGAGGAAAAGGAGCUAUUGGCUUUCCUGGUCCUCGUGGCUUACAGGGUGAUGAUGGCAGUCCAGGUUAUGGUAGCAUUGGACGUAAAGGAGCAAAGGGGCAAGAAGGAUUCCCUGGAGAGAGUGGACCUAAGGGUGAGACUGGGGACCCUGGUGGUCCAGGAGAGACUGGACCCAAAGGAUCCAGAGGCAAAACGAUAUCUGCUGGACUUCCAGGAGAACCAGGAUCCCCUGGGGAGCCAGGACCCCCUGGACGCAAGGGUGUGAAAGGGGCCAAGGGAUUGGCUUCAUUUUCCACAUGUGACCUCAUUCAAUAUGUGCGGGACCACAGUCCUGGCAGACAUGGCAAACCUGAAUGCCCGGUGCAUCCAACCGAGUUGGUGUUUGCUUUGGACCAGUCCCGGGAUGUCACGGAGGAGGAGUUCAGGCGGAUGAAGGGGAUGGUGGCCUCGCUGGUGACAGCCAUGCGAGUCCGGGAGAACAGCUGCCCGGUGGGAGCGCGCGUGGCCGUCCUGGCCUACAGCUCGCACGCCCGGCACCUGGUGCGCCUCUCCGACACCUUCCAGAAGGACCAGCUCCUCCGGGAGAUCGAAGCCGUGCCUUUCGAGCGAUCCUCAGAUGGCAGGGAGAUCGGCAAGGCCAUGAGGUUCAUCUCCAGGAACGUCUUCAAGCGGACGCUUCCAGGCGCUCACACGAGAAGAAUCGCCACCUUCUUCAGCAGCGGCCCGUCCGCCGAUGCCCAGGCCAUCGCCACGGCCACCAUGGAAUUCAGCGCGCUGGACAUCAUCCCCGUGGUGAUCGCUUUCAGCAACGUGCCCUCCGUCAAGCGUGCCUUUGCGAUCGAUGACACGGGCACAUUCCAAGUCAUCGUGAUUCCCUCCAGGACUGAGGAUAUGCCAGCGUUAGAGAGACUCCAGCGGUGCACUUUCUGCCGUGAUAUCUGCAAGCCUGAUGCUUCUUGUGACCAAGACAGACCACCCCCUGUGCAGUCUUACAUAGAUGCUGCUUUCCUUCUGGAUGGCUCCCGGAAUGUGGGACAUGCUGAAUUUGAAGACAUAAGAAGCUUCCUGGGGACCCUGCUAGAUCACUUUGAAAUCACCUCAGAGCCAGAGACCUCCGUCACUGGAGACCGAGUGGCCCUAUUGAGUCAUGCUCCCCCUGACUUCCUACCCAACACUCAGAGGAGUCCUAUUAGAACUGAGUUCAACCUUACCACCUAUAGCAGUAAGCGCCUCAUGAAGAGGCAUGUGGAACAAUCUGUUCAACAGCUAAACGGAGAUGCUUUUAUUGGUCAUGCCUUACGGUGGACUCUGGACAAUGUCUUUUUAACCACACCCAAUCUGAGAAAAAACAAAGUCAUAUUUGUGAUAUCUGCUGGGGAAACCAGUUACUUGGAUGGGGAAACCUUAAAGAAAGAGUCCUUGAGAGCCAAGUGUCAGGGGUAUGCCCUAUUUGUGCUUUCCCUUGGCCCCUCUUGGAAUGACAAGGAACUGGAAGAUCUAGCCAGUCACCCUUUGGACCAUCACUUGAUCCAGCUUGGCCGAAUUCAUAAACCUGAGCACAGAUAUGGUGUGAAGUUUGUGAAGUCCUUCAUAAACUCAAUCAGGCGAGCAAUCAACAAAUAUCCACCAAUAAACUUCAAAGCAAAGUGCAAUAGACUCAGCUCUACAGACCCAAAGCAGCCUCUGUGGCAGUUUCGAAGCUUUGUUCCUGGACCACAUAAAGCUGUCCUCAAAGAAGAUGUAUUAAAGCAGACAAAGUUCUUCCAAGAUAAGAAAUAUCUUUCAAGAGUAGUGAGAGGUGGCAGAGAUGAUGCUAUUCGGAAUUUUCCCAGGAGCACAUCCCAUACUUCUAAAAAUGGAAGGAUGACAAAACCUACUCCCAAAAGACAUGACAUUCAAGGAAGUGCUCAAAUAAUUUAGCAUGAUAAGACUUUGGACUUAAAUAAUAACUAAAUCUACUCCAGAACUCUGGGGAACUUUUACAUGGAUAUGUGCCUGCAUCUAGAGUUCCACUCUGGAGGGAUGAAAAAGCCACAGGGAACUUGACCCCCUGCACUCAUUGGUAUUAAGAUAUAUCUUACCACUUAUUUGACCACUCCUGACAAUUCCAGCACUCUAAGACUGAUAUGUUUAAGAAUUGUUACCAUUAGAAAAUGGAAGAAUGAAAGUAUUUUGGAAAGCGUAAUGGAGAUAUUUGAAGGUAAAUUUUACAUAGUGUAUGCAUGUGUGUACAUGGGCCAAUGCUAAGUCUUUUGAUUGCAGAUCUCUAUCAGUCCGUUUUCUGCAAACCAAGCCUUCUUUCUUAAUUUAGCACUGUUUAAUGCUCACCUACUUAACCAAAGGUAUUUAAUGUUUGGUCCAACUCUAACACUUACCUAGAAAUUGAUGGUGUUUUUAGGUCAUGUUUUUGGAAAUUUGGCCUUUCAUUAUUAUUCCAUUUAAACACAUCCUAUUUCUGUGUGGAGUGAUUAUGCCUAGACUGGUUUUGUGCUAGAAGUUUGUCUUUCAUCCUCUGCAGUUGUUUGCUUGGACUGGUGAGAAACGGGAAUUUUUUAAAAGCUCUAAAUCCUCCUAAACUCACUGAGGAACUCAUUAAUUUUCCCAGAACAUAAAUUAUUGCUUUUGAGCUGGAUGCUCUAUCUUCAUUUUAAAACUUCCUGCUAAGCCAUUUUGAUGGAUUUCCAGUCUUUCUUCCUUGUUAUGGUCACUUAUUAAUUUUCAUUAAUCUAUGUAUGCUUUAGAGAAGAAGAGUAAAGACACAACUCGUCAUGGGUAAGGCUCUGAGUUACUUCAUGUAGCUAUUCAGUCAAUAAUGAACAGCACCAAAACAGGAUUGGCAAAGCUCUAAAAAGAGCCUUUAAAUGGACACUGAGUUUGAAAAAGGUAAGAAAAUCUUUAAAGCUUUCAUCUAAAAAUUCAUAUGUAUUGAAGAAAUCCAAGUGAUCAGAGUAAAUCAGAGCAGGAAAACAUCUUCAAAGUGCCUAGUCUCUAGUAUCAUUCUCUGAUGAAUUUGUCUCCUUAUCCCCAUUCAAUUUCAUCUCUUAUGAUGAAAUUUUCAACAGCUAAACAUCUGAGUAGCACUGUUUAUUUAGACACAAUAUUCAGACCUUACCUCAGUCUACAAGCUGGUUCUGCAGCUGGUAGCAAUGACUCUGCUAGGCAGAAUAUCGCUGUCUUCGGUAAGGAAGGGAAGCUGCACACAUGCAGGAGAUAAGUGAGACCAAAGACCAGGAGGGUUCAUCUAGAUUUUCUUUUCUAUACCUCUUUUACAACGCCUGGAACAAAGAGUCAUCUGCAAUAUGUUUUUAAAGCACUUCUGCCAUCCUCACUCAGGCAACUCCAUGGAGAUAGCUCCCACAUCUUCAGAGGAGCAAGAAGUCCAAGGAGUUAAAUGUCAUGUUCAUACUCAGGUAACAGAGAAGAAUCAAAAACAUCUUUCUUCAUCCAUACUAAAUGGUGCUUUGGGGUUCAGGAAAAAUUUGUUUCCAGUACAGGAAAUCGAUGAACAAUAUUUAAGAGGCAUUUUAAUAACAGGAACUUUUCUAAUUAACUUUGGAUUAAGCACAAACACCUUUCUUCUGUUUAUUGUUGGAAAUACUCUGAAAAUGUAUUUGUUUUUUCUGUGUUCACAAGUAAAGUACACCAAACAAAUACUAUCUUGUGAUUUGAGAUUUUUUUUUAGCAUUUUGGGUCAUAUUUUUAAUUGUUAAUGGGCAAAGGAAUUUGAAGCAUGCUACAAAUAGAGGUUCCUUUUUAAAAUAACUCCUAAGCUUAACAUUUUCCAUGAUUUACCUUUCCCCUAAAGUGAAAAACAGCAAAGAUUAAGUGAAUGUAAAUUUAAUAAAGUGCUAUUUAAACUUAGAAUCACACAAAGAAGCCAUAAUGCAUCUGGGCUUAG